GUGGCUCCCGGGACGGCGAGGGGCAAGCGGAAAGUGCGCGGGCGCCGAAGCCCGAGGUGACCGGCUGGAGCAGGGCAGUCGGGGCCACCAGCGUAGCCAUGUCGCUGUGGGGACAGCCGCUGCAGGCCUCGCUGCCCCCGGCUGUGCAGCCGACCCCGACCGCGCCCUCCGGGCCUCCGAGCGCCCCUCCAGCCGGUGCAACCCUCAACCGCUUGCCGGAGCCGCUGCUGCGGAGACUCAGCGAGAGCUUGGACCGGGCACCCGAGGGCCGGGGCUGGAGGCAGCUGGCUGAACUGGCCGGCAGUCGGGGGCGACUCCGGCUCAGUUGCCUGGACCUGGAGCAGUGUUCUCUUAAGGUAUUGGAGCCAGAGGGAAGCCCAAGUUUUUGUUUACUAAAACUAAUGGGUGAAAAAGGAUGUACAGUCUCAGAAUUGAACGACAUCCUACAGGCUUUGGAACACACUGAGGUUCUUCAGCUUCUCAACCCCCCAGGUUUAAAGAUCACUGUAAACCCAGAAUCAAAAGCAGUUUUAGCUGGACAGUUUGUAAAACUGUGUUGCCGGGCAACUGGACAUCCUUUUGUACAAUAUCAAUGGUUCAAAAUGAAUAAGGAGAUCCCAUAUGGAAAUUCAUCAGAACUUAUUUUUAACACAGUGCAAGUAAAAGAUGCAGGCUUUUAUGUCUGCCGAGUUAACAACAGUUCCACCUUUGAAUUUAGCCAGUGGUCACAGCUAGAUGUCUGUGAUGUCACAGAAGUAACAGAAAGCUUCCAGGGAAGUGUGGAUGGUGUCUCAGAAUCCAAGUUGCAAAUCUGUGUUGAACCAAGGUCCCAAAAGCUGAUGCCAGGCAGCACAUUGGUUUUACAGUGUGUCGCUAUUGGAAGCCCUAUGCCUCACUACCAGUGGUUCAAAAAUGAAUCACCAUUAACACAUGAGACAAAAAAGCAUUACAUGGUUCCGUAUGUGGAUCUAGAACAUGAAGGAACCUACUGGUGUCAUGUGUAUAAUGAUCGAGACAGUCAAGAUAGUAAGAAGGUUGAAAUCAUCAUAGGAAGAACAGAUGAGGCAGUGGAAUGCACCGAAGAUGAAUUAAAUAAUUUUGGGCAUCCUGAUAAUAAAGAACAAACAACUGGCCAGCCUUUGGCAAAGGACAAGGUUGCCCUUUUGAUAGGAAAUAUGAAUUAUUGGGAGCACCCCAAGCUUAAAGCUCCUUUGGUAGAUGUGUAUGAACUGACGAACUUAUUAAGGCAACUAGAUUUCAAAGUUGUUUCAUUGUUGGAUCUUACUGAAUACGAGAUGUGUAAUGCUGUGGAUGAAUUUUUACUACUUUUAGACAAAGGAGUAUACGGGUUGUUAUAUUAUGCAGGGCAUGGUUAUGAAAACUUUGGGAACAGUUUUAUGGUCCCUGUUGAUGCUCCAAAUCCAUAUCGUUCUGAAAAUUGCCUGUGUGUACAAAACAUACUGAAAUUGAUGCAAGAAAAGGAAACUGGGCUCAAUGUGUUCCUGUUGGAUAUGUGUCGGAAAAGAAAUGACUAUGAUGAUACCAUUCCAAUCUUGGAUGCACUGAAAGUCACUGCCAAUAUUGUGUUUGGAUAUGCCACGUGCCAAGGAGCAGAAGCUUUUGAAAUCCAGCAUUCCGGAUUGGCAAAUGGGAUUUUUAUGAAAUUUUUAAAAGAUAGAUUAUUAGAAGACAAGAAAAUAACUGUGUUACUGGAUGAAGUUGCAGAAGAUAUGGGUAAAUGUCACCUUACCAAAGGCAAGCAAGCACUAGAGAUCCGAAGCAGCUUGUCUGAAAAGAGAGCACUAACUGAUCCAAUCCAGGGGACAGCUUGCUCUGCAGAGUCUCUUGUUCGGAAUCUACAGUGGGCCAAGGCUCAUGAACUUCCAGAAAGUAUGUGCCUUCAAUUUCAAUGUGGUGUUCAUAUUCAAUUAGGAUUUGCUGCAGAGUUCUCAAAUGUCAUGAUAAUCUACACAAGCAUAGUCCACAAACCACCUGAGAUAAUAAUGUGUGAUGCCUAUGUUACUGAUUUCCCACUGGAUCUAGAUAUUGAUCCAAAGCAUGCAAAUAAGGGGACUCCUGAAGAAACUGGCAGCUAUUUAGUAUCAAAAGAGCUCCCCAAGCAUUGCCUCUACACUAGGCUCAGUUCACUACAAAAACUGAAGGAGCAUCUGAUCUUCACGGUAUGUUUAUCCUAUCAGUAUUCAGGACUGGAAGACACUGUGGAGGAGAAGCAGGAAGUGAAUGUUGGGAAACCCCUUAUUGCUAAGUUAGACAUGCAUCGAGGAUUGGGCAGGAAGACUUGCUUUCAGGCUUGCCGUCUGCCUGAUGAGCCUUAUCACAGCUCCACGCCUACCUCAGAGGGAACAGGGCAUUUUCCUUCAUCUCAGGACUUGUUCCAUGAUGUGUACCAUUCACAUCUUGGUAAUUCAGACAGUGGUAUGCCACCAGACAGGUGUCAUUGCAGCCGGACUCCACAAGCAUUAAUUUCAAGUUAUCCCACCCACCAUUACUCCUGCCAAUUUGGUGGAAGUAAUGUGCCGGUAGAGACAACUGAUGAAAUGCCAUUCAGUUUUUCUGACAGGCUUAUGAUUUCUGAAAACUGACCUUCAUGUUUUUGAAAAUUAGAAUAACUGCAGUACUGAAUGGUGGUGGCACACACUUUUAAUCCCAGCAGUUUGGAGGCAGAGGCAGGGGGAUCUCUGAGUUUGAGACCAGCCUGGUCUACAAAGUGAGCUCCAGGACAGCCAGAGCUACACAGAAACUUUGUCUUGAAAAAACAAAAAAAAAUUAUUUAAUCAGACUAUCUGUCUUGCUUCUGUCUCACUUUAAGACUAUGAAUUAAUCUGUUCUAUAAGAAUGAAGUACGGAGCCCUGUGAAUAUAGCUCAGUGGUACAGUGCUCAGCUAAUGUGUGGAAGGACCUGGGCUUGAUCAUCAGUACUAGAGGAAAAAUGUAUUAUUAGAUUGUAUAUUUAUGUGUAUCAAAUAUUUUCAUUUUGACCACUCAGAAAAGCAGUAAGAAUGACAUUUCUAUAGAUUGAGUUAAAUUUAUGGCACCAAAAAAAAGAACCCUUUCUC